AUGUCUCAGUCUCCUCGUGGUUAUGUGACCGAGGUGGUUUUUAAUGCGCGUGUCCAUGAUCUCGAGGUGAGGCUGGCCGUGCUGGAAGGAAGGGCCCAUCCCACAUCUACUACUGAUGAUACGACACUCGCAUCGAUGGCCCAGCAGCGCGACGCCGCCAUCCGGGAGUGGGAGGCAGCCCGCGCCGCCACCACCACCGCCCUGUCUGCCCACGACGCCGUGCGCCGAGAGAGGGACAUCGCUGUCAAGGAGCGGGACACCGCCCGGCGCGAGCGGGGCGCUGCUCUCCAGGAGCGGGACACCGCCCGGCGCGAGCGGGGCGCUGCUCUCGAGGAGCGGGACACUGCCCGAUGGGAGCGGGACGCGGCUCAGGCCACUUUGGGCCUCCGUUCUGCCGUAACUCCGAACAUGGUGGAGCAGUACGAUCGUAUCAAGGAUAGGUUGGGCCGUCUCUACCAGGGUACUCAGGUCGGGGAGGAAUGGAAACAAAGGCAGGAAAAUGAGCUUGACAAUAUACAGCGUGCUUUUACGAACAACCACCGGUUGAUGGCAGGUUCCUUGUAA